AUGGAUAGUGAAGAUUUUUCGGAAUCUGAUGUUGACGUUCCGACACCAGGUGUUUCAUUAUCGGAUUCGUUUGAGGAUUCUUGGCUUCCGCGAUUCGACAAACGGACCGGCGUUUUGCUCGAUACAGAUGGAACAGAAACUGCGUUUGAAAUAUUUUGUAAGUUUCUUGACGAAGAUUUCAUUUCGAUGCUAACAAUUCAAACGAACUUGUACGCAGAACAGUAUUUUGAAAAGCACCCCAAAGAUACAUUACCGCCUUGUUCUACAACACGUGGAUGGGUACCUGUAGUGAACACUGAAAUGAAAUCAUUUUUGGGUAUUUUGUUGUUCAUGGGCGCUGUCAAGUUGCCCAAUUAUGCUUCCUAUUGGUCAACAAAUGCAUUGACCCAAAUGAAAGGAUUUCGAGAGAUCAUGAGCCGUGAUCGCUGGCAAAUAAUAUGGAUGUUUUUCCAUGUGUGUGAUAACACAACAAACCUUCCAAGAGACCAUCCAAACCAUGACCCAACUUUCAAAAUCCGCCCUGUUGUUGAUAAACUGAUUGAAAGAUUUCGCGACAUUUAUUACCCCGAGAAAGAACUUUCUGUGGAUGAAAGCCUUAUUGCAUUCAAGGGCCGUUCAUCUAUGGGUCAGUAUAUCCCACAGAAGCCACAUAAAUGGGGACUGAAAGCAUGGGUACUGUGUGAAUCCUCGACAGGAUAUUGCUACAACUGGUUUAUGUAUGUUGGACGAAAACAAAACACAGAGGUGGGACUAACUAAUUCAGUUGUCAUGCAGUUGUGUGAAGUUGUCAAGGAUGCAGGACAUCAUGUAUACAUGGACAAUUUUUUUUCUUCACCACAAUUGUUCAAAGAUUUAUCAGAAUGCAGUGUUGGAGCUUGCAGCACUCUACGGGCAAACCGACGCGGAACUCCGCCUCAAAUACAGAGAGCUAAGUUGAAAAAAGGAGACGACCCAAUGUUUGUUCGGGACGACAAGUGUUUAUUCAUUGCCUGGAUGGACAAGAAGCAGGUAAAUGUGCUGUCUACCAUCAACAAGUACAUUCGAUGCAGGGACCCAGCCAAUAACAACAGGAGAGAGAUCAACAAACCAAAAGCUAUCGAGUGUUACAACCAGUUUAUGGGUGGAGUGGAUUUAUUGGAUCAAAAGAUUUGGACCUAUCUUGGUGUGCACAGAACAGUAAAAUGGUGGAAAAAGGUGUUCCUCUAUUUAUUGGAACUGGCAUUUGUGAAUUUCACAGUUGUCUGGAAACGGUUGCAUCCAGGUGUGAAACUGGACAAAUACAAACUACGUCUUUCCAUCAUUUCGUCGCUUGUAGCAACACACGAUCGUGCCACAACUGCCAAGCCAAGAUACAGCAUUGACGAUGUUCCAACAAGACUGGAAAACAAACGCCAUUUCACCGGGAUCAACAACAACAAGACAAAAAGUGGAGCUCAGGCAUUUCCGGAUUGUGUUGUGUGUUCGGAUCGAAAAGUUCCAAAAGGUCGACAUCAAACACAGUAUAUCUGCAAACAAUGUGAUAAACCUAUGUGUCCUUAUCCUUGUUUUGAAGGGUACCACACAUUGCUGAGUUUCAAAAUUCAGUGCACAAAGGACUUGCAUAAAGAGUAA